AUUUUUUUCAGGGGUGGCUUACUAAUUAUUUCACACACACACACACACUAAAUUCACCAAUCAAUUCAAUUCAAUUUAAUUUGUUAGAAGAAAAUGAAUGUUGAAAAUGAAGAUGUGAAAAUGAAGAAAAAAAGUGAUGAAAAGGAAAAUAAGAUGAUGGUAUAUAUGUGGGGAUAUUUACCUGGAGCCUUACCGCAACGUUCGCCGUUAUUAUCGCCGUUUGAAGUUAGGCUUCCGCCGUCAAUCGAUGCCGGCAGAUUCUUCACCGAUGUUUGUGGCGGCGGCUGUGGUUUUGCUAUGGCUAUUUCAGACACAGGGAAGCUGGUCACUUGGGGUUCAACAGAUGAUCUCGGUCAAAGCUACCUGACAUCAGGAAAACAUGGGGAAACACCAGAACCUUUUCCUCUUCCGAAAGACGUUUCCUUAGUGAGAGCUGCAGCUGGUUGGGCACAUUGUGUUUGUGUAACAGUGGCAGGAGAGGUUUAUACAUGGGGAUGGAAAGAAUGUGUACCCUCUGGAAAAGUUGUUGGAGACCCAAACACGGCUCAGAGUCAAGAUAAAGACUUGUUUGAGAGGCAGAACCCGUUUUUAACUGAACAAGUGAGCUCUCGAUCCCAAGGAUCAAGAUCCUCUGUCGCGCUAGCGACUGGUGUUGAUGGUAAACCAGUUGGGGAUGAAGGUGCAAAGAGGAGACGUGUUUCAUCGACUAAACAAGCGGCUGAAAGCUCGUCAUCAGGUGAUGAACCGCUCUCUGCUUUGCCCUGUUUGGUGGCAUUGAACCCAGGAGUAAGGAUAGCCACAGUUGCAGCUGGUGGCCGGCAUACAUUGGCAUUAUCAGUUUCAGAUAUCGGACAGGUAUGGGGUUGGGGUUAUGGAGGUGAGGGCCAGCUAGGUUUAGGAUCCCGUAUACGAAUGGUAUCUUCUCCACAUCCUAUACCUUGCAUUGCUACAUCUGCUGUAGCAAAAGAUAGAUCUGCAGGCCUUCCCAGAGGAACUCUGGCCUCAGAAGGGCAUGGGUAUAGAGUCCCCGGAAAUUAUAUUAAAGGGAUUGCUUGCGGAGGACGACACAGUGCUGUUAUUACAGAUGCUGGGGCAUUAAUGACUUUUGGUUGGGGACUUUAUGGACAGUGUGGGCAAGGAAGUACGGAUGAUGAGCUAAGCCCUACAUGUGUAUCAUCGUUACUGGGCAUCCCAAUACACAGCGUUGCUGCAGGUCUCUGGCAUACGACCUGCAUAUCAGGUGAUGGUGAUGUGUAUGCUUUUGGUGGCAAUCAAUUUGGCCAAUUGGGUACUGGCUCUGAUCAAGCCGAGACAUUGCCAAGGCUCUUGGAUGCUCCUAGCCUGGAAAAUGAACGUGCAAAAGUUGUAUCUUGUGGGGCACGGCACAGUGCUGUUGUUACGGACGGAAAGGUGUUCUGCUGGGGAUGGAACAAGUAUGGUCAGCUUGGUCUCGGAGAUGUAAUAGACCGUAACAUUCCAACUCAAGUUGCGCUAGAAGGAUUUGUUCCGAGAGUUGUUGCAUGUGGUUGGUGGCACACACUUCUUCUUGCCGAAUCCCUUACCUGAUGGGUUGCUGUCAUACAGCAAGAAACAGUUUUGUUAGGUCAGUAGAUGUCUCUCUUUUGUUAAAAAGAAGAGUGCAUGUAUAUGCAUAUGUACAUACAGUAGUUGAUAUAUGCAUGUGAUUAUCAUUCUUUAGAGCUUGAAGAUUUCCUGAUUGUAGAAGUGGAAUUGAUUCUUACAUUGUUGUACAUAUAUGUCAAUAAAACUUAAUGUAAACCAAGUAUUCCCUGGUGCAUGAUUCUUUCA